AUGAUUAAUUCAAGUACUCAUUUACAACAACAAGUCUAUUAUCCAGGUGGAGCAUUUCAAAUUAAUACAAUUAUUAAAGCUAUGACAUUACAAGAACAAAACUAUUAUGGACCUACUAGAGUAGAAGGAUAUUGGAAAUAUGAUUCACCUGAACUUCAACCAUUUACAAAUGAAAAUGUAAGUAUUCCUUUUUAUCCAUGGUACUUCAUAGGAGUAGAAACACCAAAUAACAAUGAUAAUAAAAGUAUUAAAUUUAAUUGUCAAUGGUAUAUCACUGUUCAUUUUGAUAGAUAUAUUUGCACUCCAAUAGAAGAAGAACAAACAAUGAAUUUACUUGAUUUAAAUGUCAAUUUAACCAAUGAAGAAAUCAAACAAAGAGAAACACUCACAUAUCAAGCAGAAAAUAAUUCAACAUAUGAAAAAGUAACUAUAGCAUUUCCAGAAAAAGAAGAAUCUACAUUUAUUUUAAUUAUAAAAGAUAAACAAAUAUAUUAA